AUGGCUGAUACAGAUGUGCCUAUUGUGUCUUGUGUUAGACAAGUGCGACAGUCCAAUGAGGAGGUGGAGAACAUUUUAGGCCGUCAAGAUCUUGUGACAGAGUUGCCGGGUCAGCCGGAUGUGGGCUUUCUCCACUAUGCUGGCUAUGUGACAGUGAACGAGAAGAACGGAAGGGCGCUAUUCUACUGGUUCUUUGAAGCCUCAUCACACCCUGGUGAGAAGCCACUAGUCCUGUGGCUCAACGGAGGUCCUGGGUGUUCUUCAGUUGGGUAUGGAGCAACACAGGAGAUUGGACCUUUCCUUGUUGAUAAAGACGGUCGUGGGCUCAAGCUCAAUCCCCAUCCUUGGAAUACAGAGGCCAACCUAUUAUUUCUUGAGUCUCCAGUUGGUGUAGGCUUUUCCUACUCACGUACAACUAGUGAUUACAGUGUGCUUGGAGAUUCUUUUACAGCAAAUGAUACAUACAUUUUCUUGCAUGAGUGGUACAAGAAGUUUCCAUCAUAUAGGAACCACAGCUUCUAUAUAGCAGGAGAGAGCUAUGCAGGAAAAUAUGUACCAGAGUUGGCGGAGCUGAUCUAUGACAUGAAUAAAGAUGCUUCCUCGUUUAUAAACCUCAAAGGUUUCUUGUUGGGUAAUCCUGAAACUUCUGACAGUCAAGACUGGCAAGGUUUUGUGGAUUAUGCUUGGAGCCAUGCGAUUGUCUCGGACACAAUACACAAGACCGUGAAAGAAAACUGUAAUUUCUACACUGAAGACACAUGGAGUGACAAAAAUUGCAAAGAAGCCGUGGACGAAGUCCUCAGACAGUACAAAUAUAUUGAUAUGUACAGUUUGUAUACUCCAGUCUGCACUCGACACCCAGCAAGUUCAGGUGAUGUAACAAAGCAGAUGAUGUUCAAAGAGGGUUCCAAAAUGAUGCCAAGGAUCAUGGGUAAUGGUUAUGAUCCAUGCCUUGAUGAUUAUGCAGAGACUUUUUACAACAGACCGGAUGUUCAGAAGGCCCUCCAUGUUAAUCAUGGUCACAAUGUAAAAAGCUGGAGUAUUUGCAAUAUGCAAAUAUUUCAUGAUUGGAAAGAUUCCAAUCCUUCUGUUCUUCCGAUAUAUAAGAAGCUUAUCGCUGGAGGGCUUAGGAUAUGGGUCUACAGUGGAGAUACAGAUGGAAGAGUUCCUGUGUUGUCCACUAGAUAUUCCUUGAACGACUUGGGCCUGCCGAUAGUUGGUUCUUGGAGACCUUGGUACCAUCAGAAACAGGUGAGCGGAUGGGUACAAGAAUACGAGGGGCUUACGUUUGCCACAUUCAGAGGAGCUGGCCAUGCUGUGCCGUUGUUCCAACCAAGCCACUCUUUAGCUUUCUUUGCGUCCUUUCUUGCUGGAGAGUCUCCAUGAUCCACAAUAACCUGCUGACACGCUUGAUCCUCGGCUCCUCGAAGGCUGUUGCUAGUUAUGAGAGUGUUUUACUUGCAGAGAAUAGCUAGAAAAUAUGAGCUUUAUAUAUGUAUUUGGAAUAACAAGCUUUUGUACCUUGCUUGAGAAAAGAGAUGAUCUAAUUCCUACGAGCUUAUUAGUUUCCAAUUGUAUCUUUUAUUUAAAGAAGCAACUGUGUAUCGAGGUUUAUAGUUACUAAUAAAAAA